UUCUGGUGAUUUCCCAUGGCUCGUACCAAGCAGACAGCGCGAAAGUCCACCGGCGGCAAGGCGCCACGGAAGCAGCUGGCCACCAAGGCCGCUCGUAAGAGCGCCCCGGCCACCGGCGGCGUCAAGAAGCCUCACCGCUACCGGCCCGGCACCGUGGCGCUGCGCGAGAUCCGCCGCUACCAGAAGUCCACCGAGCUGCUGAUCCGCAAGCUGCCCUUCCAGCGCCUGGUGCGCGAGAUCGCGCAGGACUUCAAGACCGACCUGCGCUUCCAGAGCUCGGCCGUCAUGGCGCUGCAGGAGGCCUGCGAGGCCUACCUGGUGGGGUUGUUCGAGGACACCAACCUGUGCGCCAUCCACGCCAAGCGCGUCACUAUCAUGCCCAAGGACAUUCAGCUGGCCCGCCGCAUCCGCGGGGAAAGGGCGUGAGCUCAAGACUCCCUAGCCACCUUCCCAAAGGCUCUUUUCAGAGCCACCAAAGUCCUCAGUGAUAGUGCUGCUCCACAUUGAGUUAGGCUUGGUCUUUUCUUUUCCUCGUGGCUCACGUGAGAAGAUCCUCGGCACCACAAGGUAUUUUUCGUUACUCAAAUCGGUGAACCUUGAUCGGAAGGGCGUCAGGUUGCGGGAACUUGAAAGAGUUAAUUUUACAUUGGCUCUGGAGCCAGGCCGUGUAGUACAGUAGGCAACUGUGGGAAGUGGACUUGUUGUUUGGGGAGCUAUUGGAGAUUGAGCUGAGUCACAUCCCCAGCCAUCACUAAGUUGCUUAGGGUCUCGCUGAAAUGCUGAGGCUAGCCCUGAACUAGGCUAGUCCUCGGCCGCAGCUUCAGGAGUCGAUGGAAUUACAGGCGUGCACUACCGCGCUCCGCUGAGGAGUCCUUUCAAAGGAUGAUUGCUUCCUCCACUAAGGAAAGAAAGGAGGGCUGCCUCAAGAUGGAUUCUCAGUGACCAUUUGCAGGCCAAUCCUUUUCUUGUUGCCAUGCUUCUCCAAGUCCCCAUAACUGGCCUCCCAUUCCUGCUCCUGUUCCAGCUGAAGAUAGUUUCUAUGCCACUUCUAUGAGGUGCUCAAAUUCCUUCAUAUCUUUUGUUUAUAUAUGAAAUAUACAUCCCAAUAAAGAUUUGUAUGUUUUGUUUUU